CCAAGCUGUCACACAAAAUGACAACCAAAAAUCGACCUGGCAUCACUGGCAGCUUUUGUGUUAUGAGAAUUCGACGAUACAACGACGGUGCAAAUUUCUGAAAUUCGUCAAAGUUUAAGAAGUCAACAGAGAUGUCGCUCAAACCGCGAAGAAUAGUGUUCGAAGAAGUCUGGAUUGAGCUGCGGGAAGCGGUCCAGAAAGUGAUCACACUGCAGGGCAUCAAGCACGAUAUCUGGAACAACUUAUUUGCCGAUGUGUACCAAAUAUGCGUGGCACACCCGGAACCGUUAGCCGAUCGGUUGUACUUGGAGACGAAAACGUUCCUGGAAAAUCACGUCCAAACUUUGCUAGACCAGCGAGUGCUAAUAGCCGAUCCUCAGAAUGCUUCCAAGGACGAAUCUUCGGUCGGAACUUCAUCCGGAUCGUCCUACCAGCUGUUGGAACGAUAUUACGAAGUGUGGGUAGAAUAUAGCCAUGGUUCGCAGUACUUAAACAAUCUGUACAAUUACCUCAAUCAACAGCACAUCAAAAAGCAAAAGCUCAACGAAGCAGAAGCCGUGUACGGUUGCAACAACCAUGGUGAUAGCCAGGAAAAGAUGGAGAUCGGUGAGUUAACGCUCGAGAUCUGGAACCAGUACAUGAUACAGCGGCUCGGCAACGAGCUAGUCGAUCAAAUACUGAGCGGUAUAAAUGCGGAAAGAGUAAACAAUACUAGCGGUCAGUAUAACAAAAGCACGGAGGUCAUACGCGGCGUAAUACAAAGCUUCGUCGCCGUGCAGGAGGAUCGUCGUAAGGGAUCGCUCAAGUUGUACCAGGAACUGUUUGAGGCGCGUAUGUUAGAGGAGAGCGGUCAAAACUUCCGCAUCGUUGCUAGUGAGUUGCUGCAGGUUUGCAGCGUCAGUCAGUACAUGGAGAGAAUAAUCAAAAAGUUUGAAGAAGAGGAAAAGUUGGCUAAAAUUUAUCUCCAUGAAAGUUCUCUGCCAAAGCUGCGCAAAGUGUGCGAGGAAGAAAUGGUGACCAAGCAUAUGAACUUCCUGUACUCCGAAUGCAAAGAGAUGGUAGCGAAUGAAAAAAGCACUGAUUUGAGAAAUCUUUACAUCCUACUCAAACCGGUUACGGACGGUUUGAAGCGGCUGAUCGAAGUGUUCCUGGAGCACAUCAAGGAGCAGGGGAAGAAGACAAUUUCAUGCAUGAAGGGUGAUUCGGUACAUAUACAAUUCGUUGAGAACAUGUUGGACGUGCAUAGGAAGUACGAAGAACUGAUACAUACUACGUUUAAGUCGGAUCCGUUGUUUUUGGGCGCGCUCGAUAAAGCUUGCGCUCGUAUCAUCAAUGAGAAGCACAGUAAUAAUCAGGUAUGUCGCAGUGCCGAGCUGGUCGCCAAAUACUGUGAUAGCUUGCUAAAGAAAUCGAAAACGACUGAGGGUGAAAUCGACCAGAAGCUGACACGCAGCAUCAUCAUCUUUAAGUACAUCGAGGACAAGGAUGUGUACCAAAAGUUUUACAGCCGCAUGCUGGCAAAACGAUUGAUUCACGAACAGUCGCAAAGUAUGGACGCCGAAGAGUUAAUGAUCAACAAGCUGAAGCAAGCUUGUGGUUACGAGUUCACCAACAAGCUCCACCGCAUGUUUACUGACAUUUCGGUAUCGAAUGAUUUAAAUGCAAAGUUUAGCAAAUAUUUGAAUGAUAACAAACACGAGACUGGUAUCAACUUUUCCGUCAAGGUCCUACAGGCUGGUGCGUGGCCACUGGGACCGACGCAAGUAGUAGCAUCGUUUGCCAUACCGCAGGAAUUCGAAAAGUCCAUCCGUUUGUUCGAGGAGUUUUACCAUAUCAACUUUAGCGGCCGCAAACUGACCUGGCUGCAUCAUCUGUGCCACGGCGAGAUGAAGCUAUCGUUCGAAAAGCGCAAUUAUAUCGUCACGAUGCAGACGUACCAGAUGGCUAUACUGCUAAUGUUUGAAAACACGGACAAGUACACGUGCAAGGAGCUGCAAACGUCACUACAGCUACAGCAGGAAAUAUUCCAACGGCAUCUGCAAAGCUUAGUCGAGGCAAAAAUUUUGCUACUUAGCGAAGAGAAAAUGAAUGACGAUACGGAGGUUAGCAUCAACGUAAAUUACAACAACAAGCGUACUAAAUUUAAAAUAACCACUAACCUGCAGAAGGAAACACCACAAGAGGUCGAGCACACGAUGAAUGCUGUGGAUGAAGAUCGAAAGAUGUAUUUACAGGCGGCGAUCGUACGCAUUAUGAAGUCUCGAAAGGUGCUAAGACACAAUACCCUUAUACAGGAGAUUCUUUCCCAGUCGAAGGUGAGCUUUGCACCGAACGUGUCCAUGAUUAAAAAGUGUAUCGAGUCACUAAUCGACAAGCAGUACAUCGAACGAACGCCCAACUCCGGUGACGAAUAUAGUUACGUGGCAUAGGGUGGAUGUUCGUCUGCAUUAUUUCCCAAAUAUCCACUGAAAGAGCAUAGGGAUCUCUGGACGAAAUUGAAUAAAAUAUUAAAUUGUUAACAAAGUAAUGUUCAAGCCUGGAUGCUGCACAAGUUCUGCCCAACAUCAUCCCCCGUGCGCUGGAGCAGUUGUUUAUGAAAUAAUUGGUCGUAUGCAGCAGUGAUAUACAGAAGCGCGGAGCAAGUAAUACAGUGAAUACUAAAAUUAAAGCUCUUGAGUUUUGUAACAUGUGAUGAAAAUAACAACACGGAUUGGACCCAAUAUGCAAGCAGCGUGUUAGUGGUUGGAUACGGGAAGAUUUGUUUUUUGUUUUCGUCUGUCACGGUGAACGAACAUUUUUUAAUCGAUUUUUUGUUUUAUACUCUCUAUCGAAAACACGAUCGUGGGGUUGUGUUGAGUUUUGUACGAUCUUGUUUGUGUACCUUUUUUUUGUAAAUAUAAUUUUUGUACGUGUUCAUGUUUUCCUUAAAGAAAAUCCAUAA